GGACAGACAUGGCGGAGAGAGCGAUCUCCCUCUCCCCUCCCCCCCCCAUAAAAAACGGAACAAUCUCCAACUCCAAGCGGCCGCCUCUCCCUCGUCUCUCCUCUCCUCCCCCUCCCCGUCCCAAGUCCCAAUCCCACCGCCUGGCACUCUCGCGGCCGGCUCCGUUUCGUCCCCGCACGCAUCACCCUCGCCCCAAGAACCCACACGCAAACCCAACGAACGCCGCGCCGCGUCGAGAAAUCCCCAAGGCCCAAGGGACGGCGGCCCCAGCAGGAGCAGGUCCCCAUUGCGGCAUGGCUGCGGCCGCCGGCGUCUGGCAGCUCGUUGGCGCCGCCGCGGCCACGCUCCUCGCGGCGGUCCUCGUCGCCGUCGCGCUGGGGCGCCAGCGCCAGCGCCGCCGCGGGGCUCCGGCCCAAGGGGUCCCCGCGCCGGAGGACGGCUGCGCGGUCGCCGACGGCCAAGGGAGCGCGGCCGUGGACGGCCCGACGGACGUCAUCAUCGUUGGUGCCGGGGUGGCCGGAUCUGCCCUCGCCUACACGCUCGGAAAGGAUGGUCGACGGGUGCAUGUUAUAGAGAGAGACCUGACAGAGCCCGAUAGAAUUGUGGGUGAAUUGUUACAGCCUGGAGGCUACCUGAAAUUGAUGGAAUUGGGUCUGCAGGACUGUGUUGAUGAAAUUGAUGCACAGCGUGUCCUUGGUUAUGCAUUAUUCAAAGAUGGGAAGAACACAAAACUUUCUUACCCCUUGGAGAAGUUCCAUUCAGAUGUGGCUGGCAGGAGCUUUCACAAUGGACGAUUUAUACAGAGGAUGCGUGAAAAAGCUGCAUCAUUGCCCAAUGUCCAACUGGAGCAAGGAACAGUUACAUCUUUGCUUGAAGAAAAUGGUACAGUUAAGGGUGUGCAAUACAAGAUCAAGUCAGGUGAAGAACUAAAAGCUUAUGCACCAUUGACAAUUGUGUGCGAUGGCUGCUUUUCGAACUUAAGGCGUGCCCUUUGCUCUCCAAAGGUUGAAGUACCGUCUUGCUUUGUAGGGCUUGUCUUGGAGAAUUGUCAACUUCCUCAUGCGAACCAUGGCCAUGUUAUCUUGGCCAAUCCUUCUCCCAUCCUAUUUUACCCGAUAAGCAGCACCGAGGUUCGCUGUUUGGUAGAUGUCCCUGGCCAGAAGGUGCCCUCCAUAGCAAGUGGUGAAAUGGCAAAUUAUCUCAAGACCGUGGUUGCACCUCAGAUUCCUCCAGAAAUCUACGAUUCUUUUAUAGCAGCCAUUGAUAAGGGAAGCAUAAGGACAAUGCCAAAUAGGAGCAUGCCAGCUGCACCACAUCCAACACCUGGUGCACUUUUGAUGGGAGAUGCUUUCAAUAUGCGACACCCUUUAACAGGUGGAGGAAUGACUGUUGCAUUAUCAGAUAUAGUCGUCUUGCGUAAUCUUCUCAAGCCUCUUCGCAAUCUGCAUGAUGCCUCUGCCCUCUGCAAAUACCUAGAGUCAUUCUACACUCUACGGAAGCCGGUUGCUUCUACAAUAAACACCUUGGCUGGUGCUCUAUACAAAGUCUUCAGUGCCUCGCCUGACAAGGCUAGGGACGAGAUGCGCCAAGCAUGCUUUGAUUACUUAAGCCUUGGAGGUGUCUGUUCAAAUGGGCCCAUUGCUCUACUCUCUGGUCUUAAUCCUCGGCCAUUGAGUUUGGUUGCACACUUCUUUGCUGUUGCUAUCUUCGGUGUUGGACGGCUGAUGCUCCCCCUUCCUUCACCUAAACGAAUGUGGACUGGAGCGAGGUUGAUCUCGGGCGCAUGUGGUAUCAUCUUCCCAAUUAUCAAAGCUGAAGGUGUGAGGCAAAUGUUCUUCCCUGCUACCGUCCCCGCGUAUUACCGUGCUCCUCCUGAAGCGGAGUUCUGAAGUACGAAGGUGCAGCUAAUCUCUUGCACCAAGGCAUUUUUCCUGUGUUGGUAGUCGUUCGCCAGUGUUAGCCGGUCGUUGAAAUGUGUUGUGUUGGUAGUCCGAAUGGAUCGAGGAACGUGUAUAGUAUCUCCGGUGGGUGCUGAUCCUGUCUGUUGAAAUGUUCUGAAUUGCUGCAUCGGUGCCCAUGUUGAUUGGUCCUAGUUAAAUUGUACAUUUUUGUUGUACUA